AUGCAAACGGUUGGUUACGACCCGAGCCAGACGUCGCUCAAUACGUCGUCCUCGUCUGUAUACCAGGGAUUUGAGACUGUCCAGAGCCCAGAAGAGUAUUUGGCGGCGCCUCCGGUGUUGCUGAAUGGUGACGAGCAACGGGCUGCGUUGGAUGGCCCGCUUGCGUCUGCCGUUGAAGCCUGCCAGGACAAUCAGGUACUGACAGCAUCCGAGUUACAACGGCUUUCACGCAAGAUCAAAGAGGUCGACACCAAGAUCAGUGAAACGGCGGGCCAGCUCGAGGUCGAACACAAAAUGGCCGAGGCAGCGUCUUCGUUAUCUCGUUUGCAUCUGGAGGGAAAAAAAAAGGAAAACCGCAUGUCGCGGGUGUUUUCUAGUGGCGAGAAAGCGAAGAGACUCAGCAGACAGGCAGAAGACGAAAUAGAGGUUAGCAUGACCCGCAUCAAGGAUUUGGAGGCGAGCCUUUUACGACUCCAGUUCGAUCGCUCCCAGCUAGAGCUCAGGAUUGUUCGACACUACGCGGCGCUACUCGCACAGCAUGCAUUACACAGCCAGGCUGGUAAUAAUGCUGCCAGUAUAGAAGGACCGCGUGGUCAGGCUCAUGCCCGAACCGAUUCCAGUCAGACCAUGCGGGCCAGCAAUUUCGGCGCCGAGGCCGAUGUCCGGGACGAGAUCGCCAUUUUGGCAAUGAAGAUCAAAGCUACUUUGCCUAGAGCAGAGUUUAAAGAUACCUCAGAUCUUGCAGUUGUUUCAACUGGCAUCAAAACGCUGGUUCAGGACCGAGGCCGCCUCAGCCGGGCCUUGCAAGACUCCCAGUCGGACGCUACAGCUCACCGAACCCGUGCAGAACAACUUAAUUACCAAGUGAGCCAACGAGAAGCCGCCGAGGACCCUGUCGAGCGAGCAAGGCUGAACGCCGAGCUCCUUGAGCUCCAACGCAAUCUGGACGACGAACGAAAGCGCACAAACCAACUGCGACUCCGCAGCGAGGCUCAGCGACAGGAGCUUGAGCACACGGUGACCUCGCUGGAGGAAGUCACGAGAAUAGCCGUUGACUAUGAACAUGAACGGAACGGGUUUGGCGAAAUCGUCGAGCAGCUGGAAGAACGAGUCAAGGACCUCGAAGCCAAGGACCUCGACUCACAAGCGGUCACCCGCCUCGAAUCUACGGGCCCUUGCGGUAUCCUCUGUCGUGAGUUCCGCAGUAUUCUUCAUGAACAGCAACAAAAGCAUUGGAUAGAGCUUCGCCGUCUCCGAGAACUAAUUGUUAAUGUGAACCGUAAACCAGCGCUUACCCCCACCCUCGCUGCCGCUCCCGCCGCUGAGCCCCACGGUACAUCCACUCCUCCGCGGUCCAAGCCAAGCAGCGAACCGGUCCAAGAAAUGAACAUCACACCACCGCAGUCGUCUGAUCGAGGACAGUCUGACGUCGUGCCCGAAAGCUUACCUAGAAGCUCAUACAUGCGCUAUGAGGCUCAAGCAGAACCCGUGCAGAUGCCGGCGUCUCCAGUGCGCGUGCCUGAACAAUUGCAGAUACAAAGUCCUAUGGCCACCAGUCGAAUGAGCCGUUAUGCUCCCCACACACAACAACAGAAGCCUCAAGUGUCUAAGGACGAUUAUGAUUUAUUGUAA